AUGACCACAAGAGCAAACGCCUAUGCUUACAUCCGGGAUAUCAAGAAAAUACCAAAUCACCCCGGAAUUCGCUCCAUUUCGCGACCCCUCCCCCGCGAUGUCAGUCCAAUCGCCUCGCUGCUUCGUCCUCGACGAAACGUGCAUACGACCCGCAGACCGUCAACGGCCGUGACGAUUCGAGACAACAAUGGCGGAGUUGGAAAUGUUAUACGGUCGACAAUUGGUGUAGGGGAAAUUUCGAAUCCCUGUUCUGGAACUCGAGGCUUUUCUACUCCGGCCAAAGUGAAAUCCAUUGCAGACGCAAGUACAUUCGACGAGCCCGCGCAGAAGAACGAAGCAAUCAGUGCAGGUGAAAAACUGCUCGUGUCACAGGAGUAUACGAACGCCCCAGGGAAGCGCAAGAUAAGCAACCGCAUGAAAAAAAUAGAAAAAACCAUGCUUUGGCUGUUGAUAAACGAGAUAUUCUUGGACCGCCUUGAAAUAGCAUACAAACAGCAGGAACAUACGCCUCGUUUGGAAUGCUCUAUUUCCUUUUCUUUCAACGAAACAAAUAUCUCUUCCAACGCAGUAAAACGAGCUACCGAGGAGUUUUAUAAUGUAGCUCGGUCAACCUCCAUUUGGGAAGAAUUGAACUCCGAUCCCACGGUGAAACAAACCUUGGAAAAUAUGAUUCCUUGUAUGGAAAAGGGCGCUGCAAACCCAAUCGAAUUGGGCGCGGACUUGUUUGCUCGUUUCUUAUUCAUGCAUAAAAAGGGGGUUUUACAAAUUAGCGAAGGAAGACUGGAAGACGACGACUUUCUAUACUUCGUCUCCCUCACCAUACCAGGCCAACCGACUAUGGGGGCUAAGUCUAAAGCAGGGUCCUUUUGCCAACUCAUGUCGCACAGUAUACAAGCCGCACGCCUUGCUUUGUUCGCGGAGAUGUAUCGGAAGGGCCUGUGGGAACGUAUGGACAACGCACUUGAGGAGGUUCUAAAUUCUGAAAAGGCUUUAGCGAACAAGUCUCUCUCGGAAAAUGAAGCUCCGUUGACAGAUAAUGCUAUCUUGCAGAAGGAGGCUAUUACGGCGAUUAAAUUCAACACCGCAGAGGAGGUUCUAAAUCCUCAAAAUCUUCCAAAGGACAAGUCUCUCCCAGAAAACGAAGCUACGUCGACAAAGAAUACCGUCUCACACGAAAAGGUCGUCACGGUGGACAAACCCAAUACUGAGCAGGAAACCCGCGCCGAAGAAGCGUCCCCUGCCAGCAAGAGAGAUCCCGCAGAUCGGGCAUUUAUUAAGCUUACUACAGAUGACGAUCUGAUUGAUAUGAUGGGGCACUUCCGAAACAACUUACUUGCGGCUUUGCAAGACAUGAAAAAAACGCAGGCUGCCCUUGGACCGAAUUUCGGAAAUUACUUGCCCAAACUCUCAAGGGAUUUUCGCUCCUACCACCACAGCAAACAUCAUUCGGAAAGGCUCAAGGAGGCCCUGGAAAAGCUGCGCGAGUCGCAGAGUCCGGAAUUGCUUAAUAUCCGGUCAAAAGUGGCUGAUCUACCAAUCACAAAAUUCAGACAGAAAGUCCUAGAUCUUGUCAACAAUAAUCCUUUCAGCAUAAUUGUUGCUGAGACCGGCUCUGGAAAGUCUACGCAGGUCCCUCAGAUGAUCUUGGAUGAUGCAAUUGACCGGGGCGUCGGGGGCGACUGUAAUAUCCUCUGCACCCAACCUCGGCGCCUCGCCACUCACCGUCUGGCGGAGAGGCUUUCCCAAGAAAGAAAUGAAGCCAUCGGGGGAACAGUUGGUUACAUUGUUCGUCACGACCGUAAGGUUUCCAAAAACACGCAUAUCACGUUCUGCACGACAGGGGUUCUUUUGAAAAUCCUGCAAUACUCAAUUGACAAUCUUGAAUACUUCUCUCACAUCAUCAUCGAUGAAGUUCACGUGCGAGACAUCGGAAUUGACUUUGUCAUGCUUCUGCUGAGGAAGUUGGUUCGAAAUUACCAGAAGACUGGUCGAAAAGCCCCCAAGAUUACUUUGAUGAGCGCAACAGUGGACACCGAUCUAUUCUCUGAUUACUUCCAUUUCAAGGGGCCAGACGGGUCACGCAUUUAUGCACCUCAUAUCGCGAUUCCAGGUCGCCAAUAUCCAGUGAAGCAUCAUUAUCUUGACGAAAUACUCGAUGAUGUAAAUUCUUCUCCAUACGCCUCUGAAUUGCAGGGGCUUCUGACCGAGAAAGAGUCUAAGAAGUUCUUGGAAACACACUACGCUCAAUUUGGAGAAACCGCAUCGAAAGAACCGACGGAGACGACCUCUACUGGUGAACCUGUAUCUUCCCGCCUCGUGUCGGCCGAAGAGGAUCUUCAGAUGCCCUUCGGUCUCUACACCGCGACGAUUCUUAAUAUUCUUUCCUCAACAACAUCUGGAUCGAUUGUCUGCUUCCUUCCAGGUCUGCGUCAUAUCCAGGAGGUCAAGAGUCGUCUCAUGUCAUAUGGAAUUGAAAUGGACCUUGACAUGUCGGAUGAAAAUCGUUUCAGAAUCGGUAUUCUGCACUCCCAACUCCCGGAGGAGCAAGAAAAACUGGACCUUGACGUACCAAGCGACUGCCGGAGGAUCAUCCUGUCGACGGAUAUUGCCGAGGCUUCUGUCACAAUCCCAGAUAUCAAGUACGUAGUUGACUGCGGGAAAGUGAACCAACUGCUCGUCGAUCAAAAAAGACACUGCAGUCGGCUGGCCAACUGCUGGGCCACGCAGUCCAAUGCCAAACAGCGAGCUGGGCGAGUUGGCAGAGUCCAGGCUGGAGACUACUACUACAUCGGAACCAAACGGCGAUAUGACACUCUUCGAAUCACCCCGAUACCGGAAAUGCUUCGAGGUUCUUUGCUAGAUACAUGCUUACGUGCGAAAGGGUUUGCCGGUAACUCAUCAAUCUCAGAACUACUUGCCGGAACCAUCGAACCGCCCAACAACGAUGAGGUGCUUGCGAACGUGGAAUCCUUGAAACGGCUCCAGGCACUGGACGAGAAUGAAAACAUCACCCCUUUAGGCAACCUGAUUUCCCAGCUAGCUCUACCUCCCCACCUGGCCAAGCUGGUCAUGUUGGGUAUCAUUUUCCGUUGUCUGGACCCACUGCUCAUUCUGGCAUGUACCGGAAUGCAGUCCUCGAUCUUCAUCCGCAGUACGGAUCCCGAUACCAGAAAGUUGAUCCAAGCCUCGUGCGUUGAAUUCGCCGACGGGAGUUCCAGCGAUCAUAUAAGUGCGCUCAAUGCGUUUAGAGCUGUUCGGAAGAUCCAUCAUGAACAAGGCCAAGCCCAAGCAAGGAAAUAUGCCAAGGAAAACAUGAUCUGGUUCAACUCUUACAAAUCAACGCUUCGGACAACCAAGCAUGUGUUUGACCAGUUGCACCAAGAUAUGAUUCUCUCAAAUGUGCAUUCCAGAUAUGAUAAUCUAGGACAAAUUGGCGGCGAGAGACUGAAUACCAACUCCCACCACACCCCGCUCAUCAAAGCACUCCUGCUACACUGCCUCUUCCCGCGCAUCGCAGGACCGAGACCCUCAACCUUCCGGUUUGCCACGGACUACGAUUCGCGCUCAAUGAUCCACCCACGCAGCGUGGUCAUGGCAGGCCGUACAUUCAAGACACCGCCGAGAUCCCUGACUGUAUACAGCUCCAAGGUGGAAACGACCUCGGCAGACCCAUUCAUGAUCGAGAACACCCUCGUCUCCCCAUUGAUGACGAGCAUGUUCGGCGGCAGACUGACUUGGAACAAGAAGGAGAUGCUCAUGGACUCAUGGCUGGACCUCGACAUCAACACGGAGAAAGCAAUGGUCGACAAGCACGAAGCAGCCCGAAUCCUAAUCGAGCUACAAAAGGCCAUCAAUCUUGUAAGUGGACCGACUGCUCCAAACUUCAAUCCGAGCCUUCCCAGCUUCAAUCCAAUGAAUCCAUCAGUGCUAAAUUACUAA